AUGAGAUCCAGACAGUCUUCCCGGAUGCUCGGGGCAUUGUUGGCCGCUGGCUCCAUAUGUUUCGCCAUACCGCAGGAGAUAUCGCAGGGUAUCCGGCUGUUAGGGCCUCAAAUUGGGGAGGUACCUCAAGAGCAGUCACCUUACGAAGAGAUACCCUACAAUGACACGCCACACGAAGACUCGCCCGAAGAACUGUCGCCUUAUGGGCAGCCUUUAUAUGAGAAGCCUUCUCUCAACUCGCCAGCAUACGAACGAGACCCAGCCAUAUCCAUCAUAGAAUGGGAAGUCGGCAGCCCUGCGCUCUACACGGCGCGCUCUGUCGACGACCCAGAUGCAUGUCCCAAAGGAACAGGUAGACAUUCCCUCUAGCCCUUCACUCCCUUCCACAACAUCCCCCCGCCCCCAACCUUUUCAAACUCAUCAAGACUGACGUCCCCUCCUUGAGUAUCCUGUAAUCUCCCCCGCAACUGGAACUGCUGCAAAAGAUCAAUGCCCUGCUGCGGGCCCGGCUGCUGCGCCCAGGGCUACGACUGCGUCGACGCCGCCAUCGGCGUAUGCUGCUCCCGAGGGAAGAAGCUCUGCGGCGGAAUGUGUGUUAGUGGGGAGUGUUGUGGUGUCUCGGGCGGGUGUAGUCGGGAUGAAAGGUGUUGGAUGGGGAAGUGUUAUCCGAAGGAGAGGGGGCC